AUGCCUAUCGUCAGAAUAGGUCCAACAUUUUCUUCUCUCCAAAAAUACAACGUCAACGAUGACCAAAAUCCAUUUCUCGUCAAUUCUGAACAUUUCACUGGAUAUAUAACAGUGCGAUUACGAAACCAUCAUUAUAAAAACGAAAAUAUAAUAGAAACCAAUUCUUAUUUUGAGAAUCAUCGGCGUUUCUUUUCUUUUCAGUUUCAGGGUCGGUUUAAACCAACAAAUUUCGAUCGAUCCGAUCAUUUAUGGACUUUUGAUGACUUACUAUUUUGCGCUGAAACUGAAAGAUCUAUAAGUCCACCAAUGGGCGCUUCUCUUGUCGUUAAAUUUGCUAGAUAUAUAGAUCCAGGUUUUACCGCUGAUGGCAUGUUUCUAGAGAAAAGACCUUGGGCUGGUAGUUGGCUUGUUUGUGGGAUGAAUGUUAUGAAGGUUUGGAAAGCAGAUGACAAUAAAAAUACGUAUUACGAUGAAAAAAUGGACAUUUUCAAGAAAGAUUUAUUACCAGAAUUUCCCACAAUUUCGUGUGAUCAUUCUUCUUUAUUACCCGUGGAUCCUUGGAUUUAUCAUGGUCAAAAUCAUCUAAGUGAAGAUACUAGUCUUAUCUUUUCUGAUACAAAGGUCAAUCUUAAUUCCAAAAAGCGUAGAAACUAUUUUUUUAAUCCUAUCGUUCGUCAAUCUCAUGUAUUUGACCCAUCUUUAGUUUACGCGUUUGAUUUCUUUAAUAACUUUACAAAUUUUUCCACAAUGAAUACUGAUAUGUUUAUUAAAUUUAGUAUGGCUAAGGUACUUAAAAAUCAACCACUUAGAUUUGUUUGUAGGGAUAAAAAUGGUGAUUCCAUUUUUUUCGUAAUAGAGAUCGAUUAUUCUGAUUUGUUUGAAAAUUAA